AUGGCUUUCGAUGCGACUACCGACUUCGUCCUGAUUCUUUUUAAUCCAUCAAUUCCUAGGAGCUCUUCCAGCGUGGCUCCCUUUGCUGGGCGCUUGGAAGCUGUUGAGCAGUCCCUCGACAAUAUUCUUCGGAUAUUACAACGCUUGGAAGGAUCCAAAGAACAGAAAGAGUCAGAUGCCAUAGCUACUGCGGAACGGGGCCACGGUAUCUUUGAGCCAAAAGAUACAUCACCUGGAAAUCAGGUCAGAUCGUUGACUUUGGCGGAUCAAAAUGGCUCAGAUCCUUUUCUGGACAUACUUCGAUUCUGCCAGUUUCCUUCGUCAGAACAGCUCUUAAGAUACGUCGAGGGAUUCUUUGACAAAGUAUGUCCUUUGUAUCCGAUUAUCUGCGAUCAGGUUGCACUAGCGGCAGCGUCCAAUAUUGCAGAGCAUGGAUUUUCAUCCCAUGUGAUGACUUGCUUGGUGACACUGCUGGUCGCUAUAUUUAAAGCGCAUAACUCUCUGGGGCAAGAUCAAGGACUGAGAGAAUUCCAAAUGGCAAAUUAUAUGUUUUCUGGUCUUAAGAAAGAGUUUAGUCUUGAGUUUGCUCAGGUGGAAAUUCUUUCGGCGAUAUUUCUAUAUCGCAAAGGACAUGUCCUAGAGGCAUGGCAGCAUGUCCACUCAGGAUGUACAACACUGUAUGUGGCGAUCCAGCGAGAUAUACUCAUGGAAUAUAACGACUUGCCCUUGACAUGCCUUUCUAAACUGGAGCACCUCCUCCCUCUCCCUCUCGGCUGCGAAGAAUCGGCAACACUUCACAUGCAACCUGCAACACGAAUAAUCUACACAUUUUUUCUUGCAGAGAUAUCUCUAAAGGCCAUUUUGACUCGAGUUUAUGAAACACCUCCUAAUCAACUUUUGCAGGGAGAAUAUUCCAACUAUCAACUAUCACCAGUGGCAAAUGAAUUGGAGGCACAGCUAGCUAAGUGGACACAAGAAAUUCCAGAAUUUCUAGAUUGGUCCAUUCAGCCGGAUGAGGGUACUCUGACCCAAAUCGGGACUCGUGUGAAGCUCCUAUAUUGGCUCGCACGCUUUUUGCUCUAUCGCCCUUUGGUUCAAUACGUGGCUUUGAAUCCGGAGGCUUCACUGGGGAUUCAGAGCUGGGUGUUGUUUCAGUCAGCCUUAGAUACAGGAGCCCAUCUUGUCCGGGUGUUUUUGGUAGAGGAGUCGGAGACAGAGCCAAUAUUGUAUACGCGGAUUCUAUCAGUGGUGACAGAUUUGGAAGAUGCACAUAGCAAGGGCCUAUUAAAUAGCCAUGGAAAUAUGCUUGCGUAUGCAAAAGCGAAAGCUGCUGAACUGUAUCAUGUACCUCCCAAGACCCAUGUGUCUAAAGCAUCUGUCGGAAGUCAAGAGUGA